UGCACGGGCGGCCCACGCGUGCCAGCUUGUUUAUUUCUUGGUUUAUCAUGUCAACUCUAUUAUUUGCUCCUUUCAAAUUGCACUGCCCACUUUAAACGUGCGGACAGGUUGGAAAUACACACAAGGACACAUACUGGAGAGCGACCAUUUGUGUGUGACCAUGCUGGAUGUGACAGGACAUAUGCUAGAAGGCAGCAUCUAGAGAGACACAAAGCAAGUCACGAUGAAAAGCACUGUCGGCAGAGUUACCCGUGUCAAGAGCCAGGGUGCGCAUCUGUGUAUGCGACCCCUCAAGCAAUGCAAAAACACAUGAAGAGUAAACAUCUACAUGCAUUAUAUAAGUGUGAGCACGACAAGUGCGGCAAGCAAUUCAAGAAGCAUCACUCAUUGAAAAAACACGAGUACGAACACACAGGUGUUCUUCCAUUUGCGUGCGCUCAUGAGGGCUGCGAGAAACGUUUCCUCCUUCCAAGCAAGCUGAAGCAACAUGAACAUGUCCAUCUAGGAAUAACGUGUACCGAGUCAGGGUGUGGGCAGGUGUUCUAUAAGUGGACACUAUUUCGCAAGCACAAAUCCUUGGCUCAUAAGACAACGUACGCGUGCGGAGACUGCAGCCGCCGCUUCACGCACCGGCGGCAGCUGCGGCAGCACGCCGUCACACACAGCAGCAGCAGGGAGGUAUACGCGUGCCCGCGCGACGGCUGCCCGCGCGCGUACUUCGACCAGCGGAACCUGCGCCAGCACCUGCUCUCCUACCACAGCGGCAAGCGCUUUCCAUGCGAGUUCGCGGGCUGCGAGCGCACGUUCGCGCACAAGACUGUUGCUGACAGACAUGUGAAGACUCACGAUCCAAACAAACCUUUACCAAAGAAGCGAAAGAAAAAGAGCAUGGCCGUCAUUCUGUCCGGGAUCAACCCACCGAGCAAAGGUGGCGCCAGUGUCACCAACACACCGUCGACACGGGUCGACAACGAUCGCUGCGAAACGCCGCCGGACCAAGCGAGCCCCGCUUACCGAGAGGUGUCGCCACCUGGCGAGGAAGCGCCGUCGUCAUCCUCAUGCCGACUCACACCCGUAGGUGGCGCCGCCGGUCGGGCGGAGAGCGGUCGAGGCGACGACGAGGCGUCCCCGGGAAGCCCUCUGUGUGACGGCGGCGACGACGUGACUGAACAAGCGUCCGUCGCCGCCGAGGUCGCGAUGGAGAGUCCUCCGCUGACGGAGUGCAAUGGCGGGGUCAUGACCUCUUACGCGGACCUGCUUCCCGGCAUGCACGCCGUCCACGUCGGCUCGUUCCGCGUCCCGCGCGACGACGACGACGAUGAUGGCAGCGGCGGCUGGUUCGCGGACACGCUGGGAGAGCAGCAGCUGCUGCCGAUCGAUCGACAGCGGCUGGAGAGUCUGAUCGUUGCCGGACUGGAGCGAGACGGCGAGGCGGCGGCGCCACCGUGCGGGGUCGACGUCGAGGGGUUGUCGUCGCGAGACUGGCAGCUCGCUCCCUCACAGCUCUAGUCGUGUGUCAGACGUUAGGUGGCGCCACCAUGCGGGGUGGACGUCGAGGGGUUGUCGUCGCGAGGUUGGCAGCUCGCUCCCUCGCAGCUCUAGCCGCGUAUCGGACGUUAGGUGCGCC